AUGUGGAAUGGCGGGAUGAACACGGGAAAUGGGAAAAAAGCUCAAACAGACGAUCCGAAUACUAGUCGUGUUAAGGAAGUGAUAAAAGCUCUGUUGGAUGUCUGGGACAAUGAAAAUGCCAAACUAUUCCUCAUGGAUCCCGACAUACUGAUUGACUAUGUGGAGGACAAGCAGGGAGGCCACACCUGUGGCCGUUUGUGUCAGAGUCAGAAAAAACUGGUCACCUUCGGUGUCAUAGGAAACGUUCAUAAAAAAUUGAGUCCAGUUUUCCAUAAACUGCGGAUUUACAACUUCAAUGUGGUGGAUUUCAGUGAAAAGAUUUCCGACGGGAGAGGUGAAAAAACAUACAACAUCACAUCACAGGUUUUAAUCCAGGCGAUGAAGCAACCGGAGCCGGCCAUACACAUACUUAUUCUUUACGAGUGUACCGCUGGAUUCCUCUGGCACGCCAAGAAACGUAUCGCCUCAAGUGACCCCACAUUUGUGUAUGAGGCCGGCUUGUACACAAAAUUUGACCUAGAGCUAGCUGUGAUAGAUGGUAUAUCUCUAUAUAUUCCGAAACCAGCGAACAAGUUUCCGGGUUUAGUGGCACAAUCCAAAUACAUUGAAUGUAACCAAACAAGGAAAAACGACUUCCUCAAAGCUUAUCCAACGAAUCUGUCACACAAAGCUAAACACUUCAAGAAACAUGCAAAAGAAAUGAUAGCUGAGGCGAAAAAAGUGUUUGAUAAACUCGGGAUGCGUUUUUGGAUAAGCAGUGGUACACUUCUCGGGUGGUAUAGACAGUGUGACAUCAUCCAAUAUACCACAGAUGUGGAUUUCGGGAUGUGGAUCAAAGACUACAAUUCUCAACUCAUUCCUGAGAUGAAGAAGUCCGGACUUUAUCUCAAACACCUUUACGGCAGAGUCAAUGACUCGUUUGAAUUAACAUUUCAAGAUUUGCACGUCAAGUUGGACAUUUUCUUUUUCUACGAGGAGUCAGAUCACAUGUGGAAUGGCGGGAUAAACAAGAAAAAUGGAGCAAAGUAUAAGUAUGUAUUUCCGAAAUUUGGUCUGUGCUGGACCACUCUGCUAGAUCUUUUCGUUCGUGUUCCGUGUCCAACAUUGCCAUACAUAGAAGCCAAUUAUGGCAAGAAAUGGUUCACUCCCGUCAAGAAAUGGAGCUGGAAGCAUAGCCCUUCCAACGUGAGGAAAAAUGGUUACUGGCCCAAGGACCAGUGGGACAAUGUUAUACAGGUUUACUCUUAG